UCUGGAUUAUGCAAGUGAGACUUUGCAGAGAAUACUCCAAUGCUAACACCCUGAAGAACUCAUCAGUGAUAGCAGAGUCCUGGCUGGAGCAGUCACAGCUGCCAGCAGAGGAGAAGCUACAUGAGUAUGAAGCAUUGGAUUCCUUCUGAGGGGUGUCAAGCAAAUGGCUGCCUGGGACACAGUGGCUGGCUACGUCCAACAACAGCUCUUGCUGCACAAGGUGAUGGGAUUAGUGCUGAUCUGAUCUUUCUGGAAGGAGGAUCUGACAACCUUUGUUAUCCAGAGCUUUUCCAUCUGUUUGUGAGAGGAGCAACACUCACAACAGGCAACAAGUCCUUCAUUGCCAAGGGAAUGACUCCGGCACAAGGGAUCCCCUUUGCCCCAGAGGAGAUUUGCAUGGACUGGCAGCAAAGACAGAGACCUGGGCCGGGACUCCGCAACCUGGGCAGUACCUGCUACAUCAAUGUCAUCCUGCAGUGCCUGACAUACACCCCCCCUCUGGCCAACUACCUGCUCUCUCGUGAGCACAGCAGGUUGUGUUUUCAGCAAGGCUUCUGCAUGAUGUGCAUCAUGGAAGCACAUGUCAGGAAGGUCCUGCGUUCCUCAGCCAGUGCCAUCUGGCCUAGGGCUGUCAUCAAGGACCUCAAACUCAUAGGAGAAGAAUUUGAGCCUGACACGGCCGGAGACGCCUUUGAGUUCUUAUGCUGUGCUCUCAAGGCCAUGCAGAGAGCCUGUCUGAUUGGAAGCAGCAACUUGGACGUUUCUUUUCAAACAACUACAAUUGUUCAUCAAAUAUUUGGGGGCCUGCUGAAAUCCAGAGUCACAUGCUUGAGGUGCAAAGCAGUUUCUGAUUCCUACAAGGCCUUCCUGCAUAUCCUUUUGGAUAUCAAAGAAAUCUCAUCCCUCACUGCAGCUCUGGAGGACUUUGCGACACCCAAGGAGCUGGAUGGAGGAAACUGCUUCAAAUGUAGCAAGUGUGAGAAGAAGGAGGUUACCAUCUCUAAGAGAGUUACAGUCCAUCAUGUGCCCAAGGUCUUCACAGUGUGUCUGGAAAGGGCUGCUGAUCACACUGGCAAGAAGAUCAGCACGUUUGUGGAGUAUCCUGAGUACUUGGAUCUUCUGCCAUACAUGUCUGACAUGGCUGGAGAACCCCUCCUCUACUCCUUAUACGCUGUCGUGGUGCACAGCGGUGACACCUGCCUUGACGGACACUUCUUCUGCUACACAAAGGCCAGCAAUGGACUGUGGUACAAGAUGGAUGAUGAGUCUGUGGACAACUGUGGCAUCCACGCAGUUCUCAGGCAGCAAGCCUAUUUGCUGUUCUAUGCCAGAUGCUCUGAUUUGAAAAUGAGAGAAAUGGAGGCUUCCUCACUGACACCCUCCCAUGCCCAUUCCCUCCCAAGUGAGAGUGAGGGCAGCAGCAAGGAGGCAGGUUCUGCAGGACCACAGGGUCUGCCCGACAGGACCACACGGACUUGCUGCCAGAGGAAGAGCACCACGGAGAAGGCCCAGAGCAGACCCCUGCAGUGGGGCAGCUGGUUUGUCAACAACACCGACUACGACAACUCAACAGGGAGGAAAAGGAAGAGAACUAGUCCUCCGGGACGUGACCACGCUCCCCAGGAUGGCACAGCUUCAAAAGCCUCCAAAAGAAGCUGCCAGAGAGCUCCUGCACCCGGCGCUGCUCAGAAGCAACCACGGCAAAGGCGGAGAGAACAGGGUAGAUCACUGCGGCAGGGCUACAACCUCCGCAGACGGUUCGUGGAGAUCACGGACUACCACCAGUCAGCAAAGAAGAGGAGGAAACAUUCACCUGGAAUCAACAGGCAGAAGAGCCAAACCCAGGAUUAAAACCGCUUGUUGGCCUUGCAUGAA